ACGGAACUACUGACACCUAAGGAGGGGGGCAAGAAGCGCGCUUUCCUUAGUCUCCUAUCAAUGAUACUCGUGCGCGGUCCUCAACCACCCCUCGGGGGCGAGUUGGUAGGUGCCUCGUUACAGACGUUAUCUUGGCUUCCCCUUCGUUGACAUGAGUUGGUACGUGCCGCGUUCAGUCUUUUCUAGUCUGUUCCGGGUCAGCAAUUCUUGCUAGUCUCUCCUAGCCACCCCUCCGGGCAGUCUGGUUGGUAGGUGCCUGGUGACGCAAGAGGAGUAGGCGUCAAUUUGGGCAACCCCGCCUCGGGCUGAGCCUGACCCUGUGGCCCGUGUUUCGCGCCUCCCGGCCGGGCGGCUUCCAGGCUCCGCCAUGUCCCUGGCUGUGGGCGACAGCGGGCGGAUGGGCAGGUUCAGCAGGCGGGGGGCGACCCCCGGCACGCCCUGGCUGGGGGGCGGAGUGGUGGCUCGGAGUCUGCAGGCCGAGCUGCUGCAGGAGGAGGAGGCAGUGAGCGGUGUCUCUGUGUCCCAGGGCGGGGCCCCGUUGCCGCCGCUGUCCCACAAGCGGAAUGGCGUGUUGAUGGCUCCGCCGGGGGGGAAACGUUGGCCGGCCCGGGCCUGCUCGAUGCUGUGCUGCCUCCUGGCCGUCUCCGCCCUCGCCUUCCUCCUGGCCAUCGCUUGCCUCGUGCUCAAAGAUUUGCGCUCCGAGAAAGAGAAGAAUGAAGAUGGUAUAGAAACUGGCUUGCUAGGAUUUUGGGGUCUGUUUGUUCUAGCCUUGAUGACAGGGCUCUCAUGCUGCAGCUUUUCUUGGACGGUGACUUAUUUUGAUUCCUUUGAACCAGGAAUGUUUCCUCCGACUCCACUUUCACCUGCACGAUUCAAGAGACUGACAGGGCAUUCCUUCCACAUGGGCUAUAGUAUGGCAAUACUGAAUGGCAUUGUGGCAGCUCUCACCAUAGUAUGGUGCCUCAUUUGAAUCCUGCGCUGGCUCGGUGAUCUUCAACAGGUCAAGAUGCACAUAGAAACUACUAUAAACUGUCCAAUCUGCUUUUUUUUACAACACUGUGGAAUGACAUUUCACAUCUCAAAUAGAAAUGUUUGUCAUUCACUGUAUGUUUCAGAUUUAUAGAUGAAUCUUUGGGUUUAUAUUUAUAGGGUGUUUGCUUGAGUUGCAUUAAGAGUGGGGGGAGGGGAAAAUGCCAUAUGUUUAUAGGCAAAUGUGAAUUUGUCUUAAAACAAGAAGAAAUAUUUACAAAUUGAAAAUGUUUUAAACCCAGGGAAUGACACUUUGAUUGCUAUUACUGUAUAAAGGAUUCUUAUCUGCACUUCCAGCUAUACUACAGAGUACAGAUAAACAUGACACUUAUGAAUUUAACCAUAUAUUUAAAAUGUACAGUGUUGCUAAUAAUAAAGGCCACUAACUUUUUUUCACUGUACAUGCUAUUUAACUUGUACUUGGCCUAGGCAGUAAAAACUAGAUUGACUUUUGCUAAUCUACUCAGUUUUAUACUCUGGUUUGUCAGCAUUCGUGCAAUACUUGUUUAUAACACUGCAGAGGACAAUUUAUUUAAAUGUUUCAUUAGAUUUAAAAAAAAAAAUCAAAAUAUUUCAUUUCAUAUUAGCUUUUAUAAACUGUCCCCUCCUUGUUUUGUAAACAACCUAAAACUUGUGCCUAAAUCACCUGAUAGUGUUUUUACUUUGGAGUAAUGCAACUAUAUGCUAUAACUACUGUAUAUACAAAAAAAGUUUCACUAAGAAUGUGUGGAAACUUCUCCAUUUUGUGCCAUUAAAGAAUAGAAAAUAUUGCCUAAAUCUUUUUACAUGGUAAAUUAAUACAUAACAUCAGUUUCCAGUAUCUGCAGUAGGGUACCUCACUGAAGAACUGCAGGAGUAAUUUUUAUGGCUUUUUGCAUCUUUGUAAUGUAUGUAACUGCUCAGCUUCUUACAAUAUUUUUCUUAAUCUCUUAAAAGGAUCAAGAGUCUACCAAACAGUUAAACUACAAUGGCAUAAGUGUUGGAAUUUCAUUUUUUACUUUUUUUGCUUCACAUGCAUAUUUGAAGUUUAUGGAUAUUUUAAGAUGUAUAUUGGUUGUAUUCUGUAAUUAAAAUGCUUGUAAAGUUGAUUAGAGCAUCAAACUCUUGUAAGAAUAUAAAAAAAAAAAUCAUUUCCAGAUAAUGUGUAACUUAAAAAAUUGACAUCCUGUAAAAUGUGCAAAUCAGCAGUUCAAUUUGGAUUUAAACAAAUCACAAUGAUCACUUAAAGCUGACUACACUUUUAAAAUGUAUGUAUUGUUUACAUAUAAGGGUGUGCAUGUUUAGUAUAUUAAAGAUAAACCAAUUCCUUUUUCUAGUAUAUUAAACAGAUAUUGAUAUUGAAUUCAGAUCUUUUCAUGGUGUAAACCCUGCAUUUGACUAAAGCUAUUUAUACAUAUGUAAUAUUUACUUUUUUACAUUGAACAGAAAAUAGUUUAAGAUCAAAGCACUUGUUAAUAAAUAUUUUUACAUUUUUAACCAAUGUUCCUAUUUGUAUAAUACGCAAUUGGUUCACAAAUGUGCCUUUUAGAUGUAUUCAUAAAUUGAACUAUUAAGGAUUCCCACCACCUUCCUCAUUGGAUGAACUUUUCUCCAUCACAUCUGUGCAACCCUCAAUUAAGCCUGAAAUUAAUCUGGUUUUAUUGGUGUAAUAGCAGAAUUGACAUAACUAGACAAAUUAAGUCCAUGUGGGAGCUGGUGCAACUCUACUGAUGUAACUGGAGUCUAGUGCUGAAUUUGUCCCUAUGUCUUAGUCUUCCAUCUAUGAAAUGGAUACUUCUUGAAAUCAUUUGGUAACUUUCCUCAUAGAAGUAAUGUUACAAGUGAGUUAAGAUUCUUCAUUUUUCUGCACCAGACAAGAUGAUCACAUAGUUUCUUGUAGAGAGUAAAUGGAAACAACACCGCUGAAUCUGUUUGAUAGUCUCUGAAAUUGCAUACAAGAGCCUGGUUGGAUCACAGACUGCGGUUCUGUCUUAUUUGGUGGAGCACCAUUGCUACCUUGUCUAAAUAACCUGGAUUUAAAAGAUCAGAGUAAAUUUGAGGCCUAGACAAUUUCUAGCAUGCAUACUAGUCUGCAGCUACCUCUGCAGCACAACACAACACGCUGACAUCAAUAUACCUUUAGGAGAAGUAAAGAAGGCUGAUUACUGCAGAAACUCAAGUGAACCCUUGUACUAUAGAGAAAGAAGUUAAACAACUGCAAUGGAGUUUCAGGGAGCUUUGGAUAAAGGGACUGGGGAAAGAAAUCAGUACCAGCUCUGGCUUCUGCAGGCUGGAGAUGCUGCUUCUGCAGUGUCCUGCUAGCCUGCUGUGCCUUAGGUUAAUUGGCUAGCCACUAUCCUCAAUCUCCAUCCAAGUGAUUUGUGUAGCAUGUUUUGUAUCCAAGAAUCCAUCAGCCAUACAGUUGGUGAUAGGAGACAGAUGAGUGCUUCUGCUUAGGAAUUAGCUAUCAUACUGGCCUUCAAGAUUUCCCUGGGUAAAAUGGAACGCAAGAAGGAAAAGAGACUCCCUGUUACCUUGGAUAUCUCAGAUGCCCAGUCAUAGCAACAAGGUUAAUUUAGGCUUUUAAAAGAAAACAGCAGCAGCUCAGCUAAUACCAAGCGUUGUCCAGCCAUAAUAUUGACCUCAAGAAUAUGCAAGGAGUUUCCUGUUUUCUCUGGGUUAGUCCUAGAGGAUAUACAGAGUCUGCUUACUAUAGAAGUUACUAUUACCUUCUGAAACCUGACUGUACUUCAUUUGUAUGUGUAUGCUUACCUGCUUUAACCUUGUAAAAAAACUUUUCUUUUUUCUAGUUAAUAAAUCUUUAUACUAUA